UUUUUUUCAGAAAACGUCUCAAAGGUGAUUACUUCCAAUUAGCAAAGAAUUGGUCUACCGAGCUGUGCUUAUGCGUAUAUAUAUAUAUAUUCUAACUGAUGUAAAGAGUAAUUAAAGAGCAAGGUUUCUACCAUGCAAAUUCUAGGAUCGUCUGCGCUUAAAGUAACAUUUUAUGGUUUGGUUAUCCUAACCUUUAUUGGUAUACUACUUUUUGCUACUACCAUGACAGUCGACAAAGAAGAAAUAAUCGGAAAAGAUAAUAAAAUAAGUAAGAGCACGAUCGCGACAAGCACGAUCGCGACAAAAAAAGUCGUGAUUCUAUAUUGGAGUAAAGUGUUCAGCGCUGCACCAAGAAUUAAUACAAACCCUGACCUUUGGCCAUUUUUUUAUGCUGGGAACAAUUGCCCCAUUACGUGCGAACUUACAACGGACAAGAAGCGAGUGGGAGAAGCCUCGGCGCUAGUGGUUCAUGCCAGGAACACCAACGAAAUCCCGCCAAAAAUUUACAAACAUUUACCUUGGAUUUUACACACGAACGAGAAUCCCAAUUACACGCCAUCCCUCCGUGAUCCGAACAUCAUGAAGCAGUUCAAUUAUUUGGCCAGCUACCGCUUAGAUGCGGAUUUUACUUGUUCAGAGUUUACAAAGCCAAGUUUAGAUCCACCUGAGCCGUUUGCACAGAAGAGUGGCUUAGUUAUGGCAGCCUUCUCUCAUUGCGAAACGGUACGGACACGAUAUCUUACCGAGCUUAUGAAACAUAUAAAAGUGGAUUCGUAUGGCGGAUGUUUAAGAAAUAAGAAUAACCUAGUCAAUGCAACUUUUACAUUUAGACAUUCUGUCACAGAACUGCAAAGGAACUAUAAAUUCAGUAUAGUGUUUCCAAAUUCGGACUGUGCUUUUUAUAUGACUGAAAAAAUCCAAAGCGCUUUGACAGCUGGGAGUGUUCCAAUAUGGCUCGGAACGGAUGGAAUUGACGAAGUGUUGCGAUGGGGUAAUCUUCAACAUUCCGUUAUUAAAGUGAAGGAUUUUAGUUCACCGAAGGCUUUAGCCGAGUAUCUAACCAAGCUGUCUAAAGACGAAACCGAGUACAAUAAAUACUUAAAGUGGAAGUUUGAUGGUUUCCAAUUCCCAAAGGAGUACUAUAAAUCGGCGAUAGGACUGUGGUGGGACGGAUUGCCACUGUAUUGUAGGGUAUGUUUGAGGGUUUCACAGGAUCCACAGGGACGCAACGGGUUGCCUGUUGAUAGGUGCGAUGGGCCUGAUGAAAAACGGACUCUUGGAAAGUGGUUAAAGGUUUAAUGUUUAUAAACAGCUAACUCUACAUCGAUCUUAAACUCUAAGCGUGCAAAGCAUAAUCGGAGCAUAAUUUUUAAUAAUAAUGGUUUAAUUGAAGCGUAUCUACAAAGUAGCUCUACAUCUUCAAUACUAUAGUAAUAAAAUUAUUUCUAUGGCAUAGUUGCCAAGUCCCACGCAUUGCGCGUGGGACUCACGUAUUUGAAUGUCACCUCACGCCUGUCCCACGCAUAGGAAAAUCCCACGCAUUUUGUGAUAUUUUCUCUAUUUCUCACGCAUUCUCACGCAUUUUCAAAAGUAUCUUUCAAAUCAUGAUCAUUUCAAAAUUAUAACAUAAAAACGUUAACAAUAAACGCGAUAAACGCCACAAAAUUCAGAACAAUAACAUGAUUUACGAGAAAUCGCUGACAAAUUGCGGAUUCAAACCUCAUUAAAAUUCAUUUUAGUGAGAAUUUCAUGAUGAGAAUUUGCCGCUAAACACACAUGUAUAAGAAUGACGUCAGUGGCCGUCGCAACAAAUAUGAUCAGAAUUGCCGCCAUUGUAAUACAUACUUUACGUCUGACUAUGGUAUGUGGAGUUUCGAGAAAAUCCCACACCUAACUUUUUUGAAAACUUGGCAACUAUGCUAUGGUAUUAGUUAAAUAUACAAUAUAAUCAUACGUAGCUGCUUUUGAAUUGGCUGUCAUGCAGUAAAUCGCUGACUCGCAAUAGCAGAAAAAUGACCUCGAGGCGAAAAAGGGAAGAAUACAGUAUUAUAUAAUAACUACAGUGAAACACGCAAUUUGAUUGGUGCAGGAUCAGGCUAUCCUGCACGAGGAAUUAAAAUGCUUUCCCGGGAUUUUCGCGCGAUUCUCAAAAUGUCAUUGUUUCAC